AUGGCGUCACCGACGAAGAAAUCCUCGUCGUCCUCCUCUGGACGACCUCCAACCGUGAAAUUCGCUCGCCGGACGUCGAGCGGCCGCAUCCAGAGCCUCACCCGCGAGGAAGAGCUUGACAUCGGUAGCGAUUACGGCUCCCACAACGACUUCAACAACUACACCGUCAUGAUGCCUCCGACGCCGGACAACCAGCCGAUGGGCGGCAACGGGAACUCCUCGGACCCGAAAGCCGAGGACCCAAAUAUGAAACAAAGGGCGGGGAUGAGCCGAGGAGGGAAUGACGGAGGAGGUAAUAACGGGGGUGGAUUAGGGGCGAAGAUGGACAGGAUGGCGUCAGCGAUGCAGGCGAACAACAAAUCGCUACUGGUGAGGAGCCAGACAUCGGAUUUCGAUCACAACCGUUGGUUGUUCGAGACGAAGGGGACAUACGGGUACGGGAACGCGUACUGGCCGCAGGAUGAGGAUGAGUACGGUGGAAAUGAUGGGGGGAUGAAUAUGGCAGAUUUCAUGGAAAAGCCAUGGAAGCCGUUGUCGAGGAAGAUUACUAUACCGCCCGCGAUUCUCAGCCCCUACAGGCUACUGGUGGCGCUCCGACUGAUAAUGCUGGGACUGUUCUUGUCAUGGCGGGUGAUGAACCCCAACGAGAAUGCAAUGUGGCUGUGGGGUUUGUCUAUUACGUGCGAGAUCUGGUUUGCCAUCUCAUGGCUACUGGACCAGCUCCCUAAGCUUAACCCCGUUAACCGAGCUACCGACCUCUCCGCACUCCGCGAUAAGUUCGAAACUCCCUCUCCCACCAAUCCCGAGGGAAAAUCUGACCUUCCCGGCAUCGACAUCUUCAUCUCCACUGCUGACCCAGAAAAGGAACCUCCACUAGUGACGGCAAACACUCUCCUCUCUUGCCUGUCGGUGGAAUACCCUGUGGAGAAGCUAUCCUGCUACAUAUCUGAUGACGGGGCAGCUGUCCUGACCUUUGAGGCCAUGGCUGAGGCAGCUAAGUUUGCAGAGGUGUGGGUCCCAUUCUGCCGCAAGCACAACAUCGAGCCGAGGAACCCCGACAGUUACUUCUCUGUGAAAGGGGACCCCACCAAGAACAAGAAGCGGCCGGAUUUCGUCAAGGACAGGAGAUGGAUCAAGAGAGAGUAUGAUGAGUUCAAGGUGCGGAUCAACGGUCUUCCUGAUGUCAUCCGGAAACGGUGCAAGACCCUCAACGAUAGAGAGCUGAAGAAGGAGAAGAUGCUCGCUCAGGAGAGGGCAGGAGAUGGGCCUGUUGACGUGGUUAGACUGCCUAAGGCCACAUGGAUGGCCGAUGAAACGCAAUGGCCCGGGACCUGGUUUGACCCAGGUCCUGAGCACAAGAAAGGCGACCAUGCUGGAAUUCUUCAGGUAAUGAUCAAGGUCCCAGAAACUGACCCGGUUUAUGGUGGGCCAAACGAGAGGACCCUUGAUUUCACAGACGUCGACAUCCGACUCCCCAUGUUCGCCUACGUAUCCCGCGAGAAACGCCCAGGCUUCGAUCACAACAAGAAGGCUGGAGCCAUGAAUGCCAUGGUCCGUGCCUCCGCCAUCCUCUCCAACGGUCCUUUCAUCCUCAACCUCGACUGCGACCACUACUUCUACAACUGCCUCGCCCUCCGUGAGGGCAUGUGCUUCAUGCUCGAUCGCGGUGGCGACCGCAUCUGCUACAUUCAGUUCCCGCAGCGGUUUGAGGGCAUUGAUCCGUCUGACCGCUACGCCAACCAUAACACUGUCUUCUUCGACGGCAACAUGCGUGCACUCGAUGGGCUCCAGGGGCCGGUCUAUGUCGGGACUGGGUGCCUGUUCCGGCGCUAUGCGUUGUAUGGUUUCAACCCACCGCGCGCGAAGGAGUAUCAUGGGUUCUUCGGGCAGAACAAGAACCGGGCACCACAGGUGCAGAUGACGCCCAGCAAUGGUUCUGAGUCGGGGGAGCUGACUGAACUCCACCCGGACUUGAACCUGCCACAGAAGUUUGGUAAUUCGAGUAUGUUUACUGAGUCAAUAGCGGUUGCUGAGUUCCAAGGAAGGCCACUCGCGGACCACGCAUCGGUGCAGAAUGGCCGGCCAUCUGGUGCACUGCUCGGGCCGCGGCCGUUGCUUGAUGCUCCUACAGUCGCUGAGGCCGUCUCAGUCAUCUCCUGCUGGUACGAAGACAACACGGAAUGGGGUGACCGAAUAGGCUGGAUCUAUGGGUCGGUGACGGAAGACGUUGUGACAGGCUACCGCAUGCACAACCGUGGGUGGCGGUCCAUCUACUGCAUCACAAAGCGAGACGCCUUCCGAGGAACAGCUCCCAUCAACCUCACCGAUCGCCUCCACCAGGUCCUCCGGUGGGCGACGGGCUCCGUCGAGAUCUUCUUCUCCAGAAACAAUGCCAUCCUAGCAACCCCCCGCCUCAAGUUCCUCCAGCGAAUCGCCUACAUCAACGUAGGUAUCUACCCCUUCACAUCUGUCUUCCUUGUCACCUACUGUUUCCUCCCAGCUCUCUCCCUCCUUUCCGGUCAUUUCAUCGUCGAAACCCUCAACGUCACCUUCCUAUGCUACCUCCUCGGCAUCACCGUCACCCUCUGUCUCCUCUCCCUUCUCGAAGUCAAGUGGUCCGGUAUCGCCCUCGAGGAAUGGUGGCGGAACGAGCAGUUUUGGGUCGUCGGUGGCACCAGCGCCCAUCUCGCUGCUGUCAUCCAGGGCCUACUCAAGGUCAUCGCUGGCAUUGAGAUUUCCUUCACACUCACCUCCAAAUCCGCCGCUGAGGAUGAUGAAGACAUCUACGCUGACCUCUACGUUGUGAAGUGGACCAGUCUCUUCAUAAUGCCAUUGACGAUCAUUGUCGUGAACGUGGUUGCGUUGAUCAUUGGCUUCUCGAGGACCAUGUACAGCAUCAUACCUCAGUGGAGUAAGAUGAUUGGUGGGGGGUUCUUCAGCUUCUGGGUUCUGUCCCAUAUGUAUCCCUUCAUCAAGGGGCUGAUGGGGAGGAAAGGGAGACUGCCCACCAUCGUUUAUGUAUGGUCAGGGCUCAUUUCGAUCACUGUCUCAUUGCUCUGGCUGUCAAUCAGCCCACCUGAGGACGUGCGCGGCUCCGGUGGGUCAAUGUAGGUAUGAAACAACCGGACCAAGAAGAGAUGGACAGCCACUAUCUCAAACGGAGGUUCUUGAACAGACGUGGAGUUUUCCGGUUUCACAAUAGUUGGUGUGGGAUUCGAGCUUGCCAUCUUCCUCUCUUCUUUUGCAUGUGAGAGAUGGUAGGUGACUAAUAUACCCUUGAUAUGCGUUCAUAGGUAGCAUACUUGGAGAGGGUUUUUGUGUCAUUUUUUGUUUGUAUUUUUCAACUCCCACUGUAAAUGCUCCCACCUGUUGCUGAGGGUGGGU